AUGAAAAUUCCAACGUCGAUACCAACAGAUGUUCUGGACCCUGAGCAUCUUGACGCGCUCAACGACGCAAUCCACAGGGUCCUCAACACUGAUCUCGCGCUUGAAACAUAUGCCCAGGUCAUUGAUGGACUGCCACUUUGCGAUGUCGCUUGGGAUCGAUAUCAGCACAGACUGUAUCGAGAGCAUCCCAUCAGCUCUCAUGUGAAUCUCUGCCCUGGCUCACUCGAAAUGGCCAGUUCCAUGAGGGAUGAUGUGGACUUGUCAUCGCUGUCGUUUGACAACAGGCUACUGCAGUCCUAUCAAGCCUCACCACCUGGUUCUCCCGCAUUCGAACCACGGCUUCUGGAACUGGUUGCAGUGACCUUGCACCAAAUCGCCGUUUACUUAUUCAAGAAAAAUGUACGCCUUCACGAUCAGAAUCAUGCUCCAGGUAGUAGCCUCAGUAUUGAAAACGCCACAUCGUGGAAACGUGUGCCGACAGAUGGCAUAAGCCUCACGAUUGAGCCGUGGCCAACUCUAUUUACGCACCCAGCCUUUGCUGCGAAUGAGCAGUACCCAGAUGGAGUGGCUGAUAUGGUUGGAUACUGGGCGGAAGAUCGAAUACUUGGAGGGGUUGUGUUGUUCGACCGUACCAAGGACUGGAGUGACGGGGCUGGUAGCAACGAGCCUAACGUUUUCUUCCAGUCGUCACGCCCAAGGCGCACAUACCUGAUAUACCAACUGACCGACGACCAGCAGCAAAGCUUGCUGAACUUCCUGGUCCCCAGGCCGCUGUCCGGAUUGCGAGAGGAAGCAUCAAAUCAUGAGACUCCAGCUUCUGGUUGUCCCUUGCCGCUCUUAUAUUCAGCAGAGAACAAGGUGACUGUGGAUCCGGAGUUCGCUGUUGUUAGUCAUAAAGUCUACCGAGACGUGUGGGAGCGGUCUCCGCCAAGGCCGUAUCAGAAUCUGAUUCGGGAUCGCGACAUUGUAGACAUGCCAGGCGCUGGCGACGCCGAGUUGGCAAAGCUGAGGAAAUUCGGUUUAUAG